AUGGUUGUGGUGGUAGACGAUGAGGAUAGAGAAAAUGAAGGAAAUAUAACAAUGGCUGCGUCCAAGGUUACUCCAGAGGCUACGGCUUCCAUUGUGAAACAUGGGACUGGAAUUGUUUGUGCAAGUAUAAAAGAGGAAGACUUGGAGAUAUUACAGCUUUCAUUGGUGGAUGCUAAACAUGGUACAACAACCGGAGUCUCAGCACAUGAUGGAGUGACAACAGUGUUGGCUCUUGCAUCGAAAGACUCAAAGCCGAAGGAUUUCAACUGUUCGAGUCACAUUUUUCUUUUGAAGUACAGAGAGGGUGGUGUUUUAAAAGGAGCUGGACAUAUGGAAGCUGCGUUGGAUCUUGCCAUGCUGGUGGGGUUAGACCACGUUGGGGCUUUAUGUGAGAUUGUCGAUGAUGACGGUUCAAUGGCUAGAACUUUUUUUACCCCUCACACAAACCCGUUAUACAAUUGUCCAUUUUAA